CCGCGCCACGACGAUCUUCAUCUUCUCCUUCACUCUCUCUUCCUGUUUCCUGUAAAUGUAAAUGUAAAGCCUCCUUCCUCUUCUUCAUCAAUUUUCUGGUUUACAUCUCUUUACAUUCAGAGAAAAUGGUCAGGGAAAUGGACUAUUUGGCAAUGAAAUCCGAUCCUCAAUUGAUUCAUUCCGACAUUAAUGAACUUAUCAUCGUUUCUAAGCGUCUACUGAACCACGCUAUCGAACUUGGUAACCUAGGGUACGUCGACACAUCUACUUCUCUAGAAUGGAUUGCCUCCUUCGCUGCCAUAUACUUGCUAAUAUUGGAUCGGACAAACUGGAGAACAAAUAUGCUGACUUCACUUUUGGUCCCUUAUAUAUUUCUAAGUCUUCCAGUGGUAUUAUUCAACUACUUUAGUGGGGAUUUUGGAAAAUGGGUUGCAUUCAUAGCUGUGGUGUUGAGGAUGUUCUUUCCUAGACAUUUUCCAGAUUGGCUGGAAAUACCAGGAUCAUUAGUUCUUCUUCUAGUUGUUGCUCCAAACUUGUUCUCAUACACCCUCAGGUAUAGCAUUGGAAGCAUUGUAAUUUGCCUUAUUAUUGGGUGCUAUCUUUUGCAAGAGCACAUCAAGGCUUCUGGUGGGUUUAGGAAUGCAUUAACUCGUAGCCAUGGGAUAUCGAAUACGCUUGGCAUUGUACUCUUGCUUGUCUAUCCUGUCUGGGUAUUGGUUGUCUCUUUUGUUUAAAGCGUUUUUUCUGCCUUAAGUUAUCUUGGUGUUGCUGUUGUUGUUGGUCUCCUCCUUUGUGUUUUAUGCUGAAAUUUUCUUGAAUAAGAUUGGUCUGAUUUUGAUAAUUGUUUGGGUUUAUUCAAAUCCGAGUGAUCAUCAUUAACUCAAAAUGAGUGUAAUUUGAAGAACUCUUGUACUAUGCUAAUUGUUAGAGCAUGGUGCAAUGUAUACUGAUAUUCUGUUUUACAUAUUU